UCUGCGGCUGGUGUGUCGAUUGUUGACGGUAUGAUACCAGAUAUCCAGUCCCCUCAGUUUGAACAAGAAUUCCUGUCUAUGAUGGAUUAUGCCAUACGAGAAAUGCCAAAUAUUACUUUAGUAUGUAGCAUGGAAUGUGUCAGAACUAUAUUAAAAAGGCCUUUUUCUAUAGCACGCUUGGAAGUCCACCGCUACGCUAUGAGACACAUGACUCGGUGGUUGAUCGUUACGUUUGGUGACCAUACUGCAUCCGAUCAGUUAACUAAUCUAGGUACAAACCUGGACAACGUAGUGGUCAUUGUCGUACCGGACAGUAUAGUCAAGAAGUCUCUUUUCAACGGAGAAAACAUACAGACGUAUAUACAGAGUGUCCUGCGUGACAUUGGGAGCAAGUAUAAUGUGUCUGAAUAUGGAGAAGGAAACAAAACGCUAAAGGCUCUGACAAUGGAGGAAUUCGUUUUGCACAAUAAGGUGGUUUGUCAGUGGGUCGCUAUAGAAGCGCUGAUGUGGACCAAGUCCGGAAGAGGAUUCCAGACCGUCGGACACAUACGGGACUCGGGUAGACUGCUCACGUCCGGCGAUAUAUUCCCUAAUGCAAAAUUCGGAUUUAAUGGACGACAACUCCUGGUCUCCACCAACGUGUGGUAUCCAUUUGUAGGCAAACACGAAAACAUGACUUUUAGCGGAUUCUGCAUCGACAUGCUAGCCCAUUUAGCAUCCAGUUUGAAUUUUACGUACCGUAUGACAAUGCCAGCUGAUGGAGCAUGGGGAAUGGAGUUCGAGAACGGCAGCUUCAAUGGCUUGAUUGGUCAAAUGCAAAGAAAUGAGGUUGACUUAAUCGUGGCUCCAAUCUCGAUCCAGACAAAUAGGGAGGCAGUUAUGGAUUUUUCAUACCCUUAUUAUUUUGAGCCAACCAAAAUGAUUCUGAAAAAGCCCGAUCCUUCCGAGACAAAAUGGCGGACACUCAUCGAUCCGUUUACUACGACCGUCCUUAUCUGUAUUGGGAUAUCACUUCCGACCAUGUCGUUUGUGUUGUGUAUGUUAGAGUACCUCAGUCCGUACUACAGAGAGAUACCGGACAGGUCAUCCAUGAGGGGCCUCCAUCACUUCUCAGACUCCUUCUGGUACCUGUACGGCGCUCUCCUUACACAAGGAGGAGAACACUUGUCGGACGCGGUUUCAGGGAGGACACUGCUUAGCUUCUGGUGGCUCUUUUGUAUCGCCAUGAUGGCCACGUACAGCGGAAAUCUGAUCGCCUUCCUCACUGUGUCCAAGGAAAAGCUACCUUUCGACACUAUCAGUGGUAUGGUCGGCCAGGAUGAGUACAGGUGGGGCACCAUUGGGGGAACAGCCUUCAUCGAUAUCUUCAAGACAUCUCAGCAGCACGUUUACCGGAAGGUGUGGAACGGGCUUGUCCGCUUUAACGAGUCCGAUGGGAACGUGCUGAGUUCAGAUCCCGACAUCCACAUAUCCAAGGUAUUGGACGGAAACUAUGUGUUCCUAGGAGACAAGACCUAUAGCGAGAUAAAGAUGAGAACCCGCAAGGAGUGUGAUAUGGUGAUGACGAAGGAGGAGUUUCUCCCUUUACAGUACGCCAUCGGACUUCCAAACAACUCUCCAUAUACUAGGUUAUUCGCUAACGAAAUACUCGGAAUACACGAAAGUGGACUGUUACAAAUUUGGAAGUUGAAACAUUGGCCUAAGAGAAGCACGUGUUUUAGUUCGUUAGUACCUGAAGCUACAGUUGUAAACGUAAUAGACAUUCAAAGUGCCUUCUACUUGAUCGGAAUAGGGAUCGUGGUGGCUGGAACAGUGCUAUUGUGUGAAUGUGGAUUUUCGUAUUGGGAACGCCAAAAAGGCACUAUGUAUAAUACUGAUAAAGUCAUUCAUAAGCACACGAAAUCCAUCACGUAGGAAUACAACAAUUCUAUCGAGUCUUGUUAAAGCAGUUUGAUCAAUAAAUGCCAUAAUUAACAGGAUUGUUGAAGGAAAGAAGAAUAUUCCCCAACACACUAUAUGGAUAGUGGUACAACAGAAUUAGGAUGUGGUUGAAUCAACAAGAAUAGACCAGAACGAUGUCGGGCUGGUUUAUUGUUUUGACGUUUUAGUAAUUUUAAGUCUGCAUUUACGUCGCAAUUCAAUGAAUAAUGUUUGUCAAUCUGUAAAUCUGUUUAUAUUCACAAUUUGGUAUGACACUGAUCAAGUGUAUGCCGUAUGUAACAUCACCUGACUCUUUAAAUUCAUAAAUGUAUAUUAUAAUAUGCACAUUUAAACCUAUGAGUUUCAAUUCUUGCACAUUUACAUGUAAGUAAUGAAAAUGAAAUAUAGAUGUAACAGCUCUCA